AUGUCGAGUUGUAAGGAUUUGGAAGUUAGGUUAGGGUUACAGAUGGGGUUGUCACAGACUUUGUUGAAACCUAUGGUUAACAAAGAAAUGGAGAAGGAGGAGAACAGAUUGUUGGGGAAGCAAAUUAAGCUAGGAGAUAAAUUUGUGGUUGAGGAGGAGAAUUUGGGAGGAACGGAUGAUAUGCUUGCGAGUUUUAAGAAGAAGUUGAAAGAUCUUGACAAGGAUUUGGGAUCUAUAAGAGGCAUUCAGCCCCACUUUGUUCAAUAUUUGUUCUCUGUAACAAAAAAUGGGAUGGCUUAUUCGAUGAUAUACUCAUUUAGGUCAGUUUUUGCUUUUGCAGAUGGUUCUGUUUUAUGUUUGUCUUAG